AUGACUAAGUCAAAAUCAGCAGCAGCAUCCUUCGAUGUUGACGCUAUUCGAAAACAGUUUCCAGCCUUGCAGAAAGAUGUUGUCCGUCUCAACAACGCUGUUGGUAGCGCUGUUCACCAGGAUGUGGUUGACAGUAUUAAGGAAACUCUGACUGCACUUCCAUUCCCUCUUGGAGUAGUUAAUGACAUGAAUAAGGAAGCCACCCGGACUAGGGAGCAUUCAUUUGAGACCGCGGCAGCUUUUAUCAAUGCAUCCCCCGAUGAGAUUGCUUUUGGCACGUCUACAUCACAAAAUAUGUUGAAUGUUUCUCGUUCCUUGCAGGCAUCAUUCAACCCUGAAUCCGAGAUUAUUAUAUCCAACCUAUCUCAUGAGGCUAGUGUGACGCCUUGGCUUAAUCUGGCCGAGGAUAAAGGCCUCACUAUCAAAUGGUGGACGCCUCCCUUGACUGCCGAUCCUAAUCCUUAUAUCCAAACACUCACUGAGUUGCUUUCCCCAAAUACCAAACUUGUUGUUUGCAACCAUGCAUCGAGCAUUAUUGGCACCGUACACCCGAUUCGUCAGAUCGCUGAUCUUGUACACAAAAUCCCUGAUGCCCUGAUUGCAGUUGACGGUGUCACCUGGGCUCCACACGGCCCUGUUGACGUCCGUGCACUUAAUGUUGACUUUUAUUUCCUCAGCUGGUACAAGAUCUAUGGUCCACACAUUGCGCAGGUCUACGCGAAGCGGGAAGCUCAGGAUAAGAAUAUGACAAGCCUAAACCAUAGGUUUACUGAUCCAUAUCAUCUGAACAUCAAGCUUCGAGUGGGUGUGAAUUGUUUCGAAUUACAACACAGUCUGCCAGUAGCUGUCAAAUAUAUUGAAUCUGUCGGAUGGGACAACAUCAUGCGCCAUGAGGCCCUCCUUACUGAGGAACUCUUAAAGUAUCUACGCAGCAAGCCAGAUGUAUUUACCAUUUAUGGUGAACAGUACGGAAACCCGACACGAAGGGUAUCUAUUAUCAGCUUUACGGUCAAUGGGCGGAAAUCGACCUCCAUUGUGGACUUCAUCCAUACUCAGUCGAACUUUUUGGUCAACGCCGGUCACUGCUACUCGCCACGGCCAGUUUAUGAUGUGCUGAAGCUUCCGAAAGAUGGGGUUAUUCGCGUUAGCCCUAGCCAUUACAAUACAAUUGAGGAUAUCCGUGGUUUUGUGGAUUUGUUGGAGCUGAUAAUGUCUAGCCAACUCGAUGCAGACGGAUCCACCGACGUAAGCAGCUCGGAAUUUUGGGAAGAUUUAAUGACUGAUGUCUGA